AUGGGCACACGUGACGUGAAAGUUGAUGCAGGGUUUGUUUUUGUUCCUGGUGCUGUGGGGGAAGGAGGCAGCCUCGACGUCAAGCUGGACGCUCUGGAAAAGAAAAAACCCGGAAGCUUCUGGGACGCCCCGUUGUGCCGCGCAAGGAAAGGAUCGUUGACUGGGACGGCAGCAGCUCCCGACAGACCACCACCACCGACCCAAAGACCAGUCUCGGGGCACCCCAAGCUUCGAACUCGCACCCCGUCUGAGCUGGAGUGUUGCACGGCCAACGGAGCCCUGUGCUUCAUCAACCCCCUUUUCAUAAAGGUUCACCAAACAGACGGUGAUGACCAGAGCACCGUUCCCGACGCCACUGGCAACGCAAAGCAGGACUUGAAGGAAGAAUCAAGCAACGUAGUGACUACAAACGAGGGAGCUCUGCAGAUUUGCGGUUCAGAUCUUGGGGAGGGAAAUCAGCUGGAUCAAAGAAACCCUCAGAUACUUGGUGAAAAUACAGAGCAAGCGCAAGACGGAGUCGGCCAAACCGGCGGUUGUCACAAGGUAAGCGGCGCUUACGGCGUGUCCCGGUCCCCGCCCCCUCGUCCGCCGCCGCCUCGCUUUUCGCCGCAACGCUCGGGCGCUCCCGUCCGACAGCGCAGCAUGCCAGAAAAGAUCGCCUGGAUCAACAUCCCCAAGGAGAAGGUCGAGGAGAAGGAGAGGAGCAGCAGUCUCCUCUCUCGCCUCGGCUCCUCACUGAGCAUCAGCCCCUCAUCCUCCCCUCCCAACAGACUGAGCAUCAGCUCACCAAUAUCCAUCCCCCGCCGAUCCCUUCCCCUGUCUCUGUCGUCUCUGUCCUCGUCCCCACGUCGAGCCAAGGCUUCGCCGUCGUCCAGUCAGGAGGAUGCCAAGUGCCAUUUGGCGCUGGAGGAGCACACCAUUGAGAAAGCCCUCCUCAGGGCCAAACUGUCCAAGCAGGAUUCUACCAAAACCACCACCCAGGACUCGUGCAGCCCCGCUGACACUUCCCUGACGUCAACGAGCAAGCAUGAAGAGGAGAAGGCGAGCGAGGAAUGCAGCGGGGGCGGUCAACGGCUGAGCGACAUGAGCCUGUCCACCGAUUCCUCGGACUCACUGGAUUUCUCUCAGUCCUCCGCCUUCUUCCUUCCUUCCAUGCACGACCCCAGCCCUCCCACCGUGGCCGACUUUGACGCCCACCUCCCCCUCUCCCUCCCGCCGUCCCACCUGCCUUACUGCGGCAUGGAGGAAGACGACGACGAUGAGGACGACGAAGACGAAGAGGAGCCCGACUACGGCGUGAGCCUCGAGAGCGACCAGGACCAGGACCAGGACUUGACCAUGGUGCCGCCGGGGCACCGCACGAAGCGCCGCCCCAGCGCCAGCGCCCUGGUCCUCCAGAAAGCCCUGCGGGGACACCUGAGGAAGAUGAGCGGCGUUUUCAACUCGUUGCUGACUCCCGAGAAGAGGGCGAUCCGAAAGGUGGUGGAGCUGUCCAGGGACAAGAACUCGUACUUUGGCUCCCUGGUGCAGGACUAUCUGAGCUACAUGGGAGAGGGCGCUGGCGCCCAAGCGUGGCAGAGUUACGCCUCCGGGCCGGAACUGUUGCAGACCCUGCGGCAGUUCAUCACGCAGAUGAAGAGCUACCUACGACAGAGCUCCGAGAUGGAGCCGCCAAUCGAGAGCCUCAUCCCUGAAGACCAGAUUGACCGGGUCCUGGAGAAGGCCAUGCACAAGUGCGUCCUGAAACCCCUGAAGCCCGUGGUGAGCGCGGCCCUGCAGGAGUUCCAGGUGCGCAGCGGGGCGUGGCAGGAGCUGAGGGAGAACCUGUCGCUGGCCAAGGCCCGGCAGCCGCAGGAAAUGGGCGUGGCCGACGCGUUGCCGCCCGACCCCGUGGCCGUGGAGAAGAUCAAGCACAAGUUCCUCACCAUGUGUAAACUGUACUCGCCAGAGAAGAAGGUCAGCAUGCUGCUGAGAGUCUGCAAACUCAUCUACACCAUCAUGGAGGACAACUCAGGUCGCCUGUACGGUGCUGAUGACUUCCUGCCCAUGCUGACCUAUGUGCUGGCCCAGUGUGACAUGCCUCAGCUGGACAACGAGAUACUUUACAUGAUGGAGCUGUUGGAUCCCUCACUGCUCAACGGAGAAGGUGGUUACUACCUGACCAGUGCCUACGGAGCCAUGUCUCUGAUCAGGAACUUCCAGGAGGAGCAGGCGGCCAAAGUGCUGAGCUCCGAAACCAGAGAUACACUCCGCCAGUGGCACCGUCGACGCACCACCCAGCGCUCUGCGCCGUCCAUCGAUGACUUCCAGAACUACCUGCGGGUGGCGCUGCAGGAGCUGGACAGCGGCUGCACGGCCAAGACGCUGCAGGUUCGGCCUCACGCCACGGUGGAGGAGGUGUGCCGGCUGUGCGCCUACAAGUUCAAAGUGCACGACCCCGAGAACUACGGCCUGUUCCUGCUGAUGGAGGGCAGCAGCCAGCAGCUGGCGCCAGACACCCACCCCCAGAAGAUAAAGGCGGAGCUCCACAGCCGCCAGCAGGCCACGCCCUUCCACUUUGUCUUCCGCCGCGUGGCCAUGAGCGGCACCCUGCCGCCGGCCCUCCUCGACUCCACGUCCAACCUCAACAACCUCACGGUGACCUCCGACCCCCCCGCCAACCAGAACAACCUCAGCGCAGACCUGUUGACGACGUCCCGCCCGCCCAGACUCAGCCUGAGCCUCAGCCUGCCGCCCAGCAGCCUCAGCAGCAGCAGCUCUGUCUCAGUAUGACUGCAGCAGUAGAGCAGGGACCCUGAAAGGGCCCUUUGUCCCCUGACUGCCACAGUAUCGGCCAUUAUCUCUGAUAAUAUACGAGCCAUAAACGGGAACUUCUCGUUGGAAGAAUCCCACUGGGCACAACACUGUUUCGUGCCAGUCUUUACAAAGCCCCGACUUCUCCUUUUGGAUGACACGUCUGUCUCGGUCAACAUCCCCUUUGCUGGAAAGUUUCGUCUGACAAGACACGGGUGAAAGAGGAAAAGAAGAAAGGAGGGAAGGAAACGUCGAGAGAGAUGCAGUCAUCUUUACUUCCUUUGCUUCGUUUAGCAUCAGGGCAGCACUUUAGUAAACACGGCUCUCGCCACACAGAUGAGGUAGAAGGUGAGGAGUGUUCAGAGGACUGCUGCAGGCUCAGUUGUCGUUCUCGCUGCCUUAGAGAAGGAGCAUGGAGGGAAGUCUGGUCUCAGUCAUACACAUGGGACUUCAGUUAUUUUAAAUAUGCAGUAUAUGUAGGUGAUAGAUACGAUUAAGAUUUACUUAUUACAGUUGCUGGUAAACUGUUACUUUAUUUGUGUUUUUAAAUGCAGUUAAUCCUUGAGAUUGUUCGUUUCAAGAGAUGUGGCGACACCUGGUGGUGACUGAUGCACACAGCCUCAUGUAAAAAAAAAAAAAAGAUGUUUCAUGAUGACAAGUGAAAAUCUCUGGUCUGUGGGAGGUCAGUCAUAGAAGACGGAGCCUUAUGCAAAUGUAAAUGUAAAAGAAACUCUAAUACGUUGUAAAAUACAGGGACGUGCAGUGAAUUACUGACUCUAAACAUGAACCAAGAAGCAGUUCAGAGAGCACAUUUUAAAAAAAAAUCUAAACAUUUCAGUUUUGUUGUGGAAGGUUAGGACCUAUGAUAAAAGUGUGCACAAAUAUUAUAUAAAUGGCCAGGAAAUACAGAAAGGCAGCAAUUUUAACUAUUACAUUUAUAUAGUUAUUAAAAGUACCUCGUCUGUCUCCCCUGACUGCACGUCCCCAGUAGGAAAGUAGAUCCCUGUUCAAAUAUUUGCUUUCUUUUCUCUUCAUGAGAAGACGAUAACAUUAAUUCUACCCACACGGUGGUGACGUUCUCCUCCAGUCAGAGACACCAGAGUCGUCCUGUGUGCUAAUCUUAUGGAUUAACGUUGUUCAAUGUAGUAAAGUGUUGUUCUUGCAUGUUGUUCUAGUGUAACGUUAGAAACAGGCAGGUCUGCCGGUGUUGACGUAUUUACUGAUUAUCCUGGUGAUAUGAACUAGACUGUAUCGUACCUGUAUCGUAAUCUUUUCUCCGUGCAGCAGAGAAACUGUGGCCGGCUGCGUAUCUCAGUUUCGACAAAGGACUCUGUGCUAACUGCUAGAAAAAAAUAAAUGUUUGUAUAAGAUGAGAUCGGAUCCUAAGAGGAUGCGGGGACUUCUAAGCUGGUCUGAGUCCCGCGCUGCGUUGACCGUGCACAUCCUUGUAAAACGUAUGUGAUUUUAACACGAGAGAAGAGAACUGAAAUCCGCAAUUACACACAUCUACAUCAGCGUUGAGUACUGUCAGUCAGAAAUACUUGAAUUCUAAAAAAAAAGGUUUCAGUCGUUGCAAAAUCAAAUAAUUAAAAUGCCAUUUGUCUUGUACUGAUUCCUGUUUUUUUGUUUGGGGCAGAAAUGUUUGUGGAUGCGUUGCAGUCAGUAGAGAGGGAAGUGAAAGUGAAGUGGCUGAAGGAAAAGUGAGAGCUGGGGUGGAAGGACGUUGAGUGGCAUUCACGUUGCGUGUGAUAAACCUGUACAGACUCUGCAUGAAUUUCUCUGAGGCCACAUGUGCUGCCGUGAUAUCGUAAUCUAACUUUCUUUGAGUAUUUAUGUAUGUCUCUGUGCAGGGAGUUUUUCACAGAGAGCUUCUCCGUUGUCUUAAAAUAUUCUUUUUACAUUUUACAUCCAGGAGAUAUUUUUCUGCUCAUCAUUAAAACGUGUCAGAAAUAUUCUUUUUGCACUUAAUAAAUGUUGGAAAUCAA